UUUACUUUACGACCUUUAACAACAACAUACAUACGACAGCGUCAUGGCGGCGUACGGAGGCAGCUUUGAAAGUGCAAACAGCAUCGAUGAAAGAAGAGAAAAUAAACGACAAGCACGUCAAGAGGCGCUAGAGAAGGCCAAGCAGCAGUAUGAGAGGGAGGAGAGGAGGAAGGAGCUCAAGAGGCAGAGAGGAGAGGACAUGUGGAUGCUCCCUGAGGUGAACCAGCGGCUGGAGCAGAUAGAGCAGGAGACCUCUGACAAGACCAAGAGGAAAAAAGAAAAGAAGUCUAAAAAGAGUAAGAAGGAGAAGAAGAAGAAGGCCAAGAAGGAGAAGAAGAAAUCAGAGGCAAAAGAUGGGCCCAGUGACAGCUCCGAGGACUCAUCCGAAGACGAGUGGGUUGAGGCCCAGCCUUUGACAAAGUCUGGCAAAGCCUGGCAGAUUCCUGCUGAGGCUGAACCUGCGGAGAGCGACCCCAGCCCGGUCCAGAAUGUGCAGAGAGACGAGUGGAUGACCUUUGACUUCUUGACAAUGAGAACCACGUCCACAGCAGAGAAGAGGGCUGAGAAGGAGCGGCAGAAAGAGGAGGAGAGAGCCAAGGCACAGGCCAUUGAACAGGCUGGUCUGCACAAGCUGGAGCUGAACCCGUACUGGAAGGAUGGAGGGAGUGGUCUGCCCCCAGAGGAGCAGGCUGGUACUGCAGUAAAGAAAGGUUCAGUGGUAGAGGAUGGUGGUCUGAGCUGGCUGAGGAAGAGCUACCAGAGGAUGAAGGAGCAGGCAGAGAGGGAGCAGCGCAGCCUCAACGACGUGGUGGCAGAGAGAUAUGGGUCCAUGGAGGAAUUUCAGAAGCGACUCGCAGAUGCUGAGAAAGCUGCAUAUGGACCGAGCAGAGGAAGAGAAGGGGACAGUAUGCCGGGUGUUGGAUGGAGGAAAAGAGAGGAAGAGGCCAGGGAGGGAUGGAGGAGAAGAGAGGGAGACAGGGAAGCGAGAGAGAGAUGGAGAAGUGAUAGAGAGAGAGACUCACCACCCAGAGACAGAGAGAGGUACCGUGUUGCAGGACAGGAGGAGAGGGAGAAGGGGGGGCAUCGAGAACGAGAGCGGGAAAGAGGCAGAGAUGGAGACAGGUACAGAGAGAGGGACAGAGGCAGUGACAGAGACAGAAACAAUGAUAGAGACACUGAGGGAUGGAGAAACAGGGACAGAGACAGAGAUGGAGACAGAGAGAGAAAUAAAGAAAGAGACAGAGAGAGAGACAGGAUAAGGGACAGAGACAGGUCCCAGCGAGAGGAUAGCCGUGCCCACAGAGAAAGCUCCUCAUCUGAACAAAAUCGGAGCCACCCCCCUCUCUCUCUUGGAUCGCUGAAAGGCCGCUUCCUCAAGCCUUCAGAAGAUGAUGACAGUAGUGGAGGCCAAGAGUCUCUCACAGCUCCAACUUCAGCUCGGCCAUCUAAGGGAUUCCUGAAGCCCAGCUCUGAUGAUGAGGACUCGGAUCCUCGGAGUACCAGCGUUCCAGCCUGGAGGAAGAGCAGUGCUCCAGCUCAGAAAUGCAGUGUUCUGGGAAACCCUGAGCAGGAGAAAAACAAGGAUAAGAGUGGAGACGCUGUUGUACAAGACGGUCCACAUGGAGACAAAGCAACAGCGACAUCAACAAGGAGUGAGAGUGGUAGUGAGGAAGAUGAGGAGGAGGAGGAGGAGGAAGAAGAGGUUCCCCUUCUGACAGAGGAGGAGAUGAACAAACUGGGAGCCAAGCUGGUGAAGGCAGAGAUCAUGGGGAACACGGCCCUUGUUGAGAAGCUGAAAUCCCAGCUACAGGCAGCUCGUGAAGCCAAGAAAAACCAUGACGCCCGACAGAGGCAGAGGGAAACUGCGAAAUCAAACCAGGACUCAAGACCCUCCGCUGAGGACCAGGAAGUCCUGCUGUUCAGAACAGACCAAUCAGGUCGUGCCUGGCCAGUCAACGCCCCCUCUGGACCUCAGGAGCCCCGCGGAGGACGACGGAAAAAGAAAGCGAUUGAGACCCAUGUGGCUGGGGAGCGUGUGCGGUACUUCCAGGACGAUGACAGUGUGGGUCUGCAGGAGAUGGUCAGGAGGGAGAAGAUGAGCUCAGCGCAGGAUCAGAACGCCCUUUACUCCCGCAUGGCUUCCAAGAUGAUGGGGAAGACGGACGGUGAUAACUACACGCUGGAUGACAUGUUUGUGUCGAGUGCAGUGCAGCGGGAGGGUGAGGGCAGGGAGGAGGAGAGGAUGAGGAGCCGAGCCAUCGGGGAGCAUAAGAGGCUGGCUGCCUCCAUGGAGAAAUGCCAGCACUGUUUCAGCAGCCAGGAGCUCCAGAAGCACCUCAUAGUGGCAAUAGGGAGCAAGGUGUAUUUGAGUCUGCCGGUGGGAGUGUCUAUGACAGAAGGCCACUGUCUCAUCGCUCCUCUUCAGCAUCAUUGCUCUGCCACCGGAUUGGAUGAGGACAUCUGGACAGAAAUGCAGCUGUUCCGGCGUGCUUUGGUGCGCAUGUUUGAGUCCCAAGAACUGGACUGUGUGUUCAUGGAGACACAUAUGAACCCACGCAGGAGACAGCACAUGGUGCUGGAAUGUAUCCCACUACCUCGGGAACUGGGAGAUAUGGCACCCAUAUACUUUAAGAAAGCUAUCAUGGAGUGUGACGAGGAGUGGGCCAUGAACAAGAAGAUAGUGGACCUCUCUUCAAAAGAUAUCCGCCAUGCUAUUCCUAGAGGUCUUCCCUACUUUGCUGUGGACUUCGGACUGCAGGGAGGGUUUGCUCAUGUCAUUGAAAAUGAACAUAAGUUCCCCCACUACUUUGGCAAGGAAGUGGUAGGAGGCAUGAUGGACUUGGAGCCUCGCCGUUGGAGGAAGCCGAUCAGAGAGAACUUUGACGAUCAGAGGAAAAAAGUCCUGCAGUUUGCACAGUGGUGGAAACCAUACGACUGUAGCAAGGCGAACAGCUAAAUACAGACAUACAUAGGCACACACACACACACACACACACACAUACACACACACACACACAUACAUACACACUGACAAAUGCAGAUGCGUUGCUGAUAGCAGCAAACAAUUUGCUCCUUUGUCAUCAGGACUUCACUAAAUAUGAUGCAGAUCCAACACCAGACUGAACACAUGUAAAUGCAUGCUUAUACAGACAUGCAUAGGCAUACAAAGACAUACCCGUACACAUUCACAUGAAACUUCAAAUUUGAUGUAAAAUUCUCAAUUGUGAUGACUACAGAAUUUUUACUUUGUUAAAAAAGAUAAUAAAAUAAUAAUCAUUAA